CUUUCGCGAAUUACGCCUCUUAUUCUCUGCACGUGAUAUAGAAAACGAAACUAGGGCUUGCAAGGGUUUUCCUAGAAGAGAUUACCGACCAGGAAGCAGUGGGACAGUUUGUGUCAUUUCGUUGAAUCGUGGUGUCAUGUCAGCUCUGUAAUUAGAAAACUUAUUAAUUUACUUAUUCAGGCUAGCUUAGGUAUAGGGUUACUAGUCGGUUUUUGUUUUUGUAGUUUUUUUGUUUUUUAUUGAACGAUGAGCAAGGAAGACGAGUAUUCGAGUAGCAAACAAAAUGGCUCCGCUGGGCAGAAGUCUAAAUCCGUUGCUGAGACACAGUCUUCCAUUGUGAUGCUGAUGCAGGAGGACCACGUCAGCAAAAAUGGGCUGAAUAUCACCUGCUACAUUGGUGACGUCACCGAAGCUGAGGCAGAAGGAAUUGUGACAGGUCAAGGACGCGACAUGACCGACGUCAGCAUGGUGACUAGAAGGCUUUUCAAACGUGGACGAAUUGACUGUAAACAGCUGGGAACUCUGGUUACUAACAAGUAUGGGACCGCUGACGUGGAGAGCGGGGAAGUGUACUGCCUGGACACGAAGAUCUGCGGGAUGUCAUUGCGAUUCAAGGUCAUCUUCCUGGCUAUCUUGUCACCUGUUAGUCCUGAAAAUGCACAAAGCGAUUGGAAAAUUCAGUUGGAACGACUGUACGUGAAGGUGUUGGAGGACGCCGACAGACAAGGAAUCGCAACACUAGCCGUACCCUUACUGGGUUCAGGAAAAGCUGGAGCACCCAUGAAACUCGCAGUACGGAUUCUUGUGGACUCGUUGUUUUCGCACAAAAGUUCACGUCUAAAGCGCGUGUUUCUAGUUAGCUUUGACUAUGACGUGCACGUUGAGAUAGUGAAACGGUGCAAUGAAUACCCUCGUACAGAAUAUAUACCCUUCUUUCGUCAGGUCACAAAUUUGUUUGGGUUCGGUAGAGACUUGAAACAAGACGUCCUGCAGAAGAAAGUAGAUGAUAAAGACACGAACAUUCGUGAGACUAAACCACCUCAAAGAACAAUGGAAGCGCCUCUACAAAUGUUAAAUCAACUUGAUUUGUCUCAGGAUGCACCCGUCGGAUCAGCAUACCAAAGAACGCGACAGCAGUGCAAUCGAAAUGAUCUCGAAUACUCUCUGGGGCAGCUUCGCCCAACAGGGGUGUCAUCAGACCUUUAUAAGUAUCAUCAACGAUAUCGAGGAUACCAGAAACAAUGUCUUGUAAAUUAUGAAACACCUGACAGCUUUAGGGAGGAUCUCAAGCAGCGUAUAGGAAGCUAUGGUAUUCCAGUACUUCCAUCAAAUGAAGCCAAGAUGUCUCAGGUAAACCAAAGCAGUGAGAUGGCAACAGCUGGCAAUAGAACUUCAGAUGAAAAAGAACAACUGAAAAGGCCAAUUAGAGACGCCUGGUCCGAACAAUUUGACAAGGUUGUAGAUAAGAAAAUCGAGAUACAUUAUCCACAAGCUGAGUCCAAAUCAUCAGAGUUAAUAGAUGACAAGAAAGUCCAAUCACGUUACCCAUGGGAAAACGAGGCAGUUGAUGACAAUACAGCUAAGAAAUAUGGUAGACGAAAGUCUGAAGGUAUAUUGUCACGGAGACUAUUUCGGCAGUCAUCUGAGAAACCUCUAUCAACAAGAUCAGCAGAUAUUACGUCAUCUGACUGUGAUGACAGCAGACCUGUGGCCACGCACGUACUUCGAAAUGGCCUUCAGCUUAAGGUGCAUCUGAUGGACAUUCUCAAGGUGAAGGCUCAAGUCAUAGUAACUGGAGAAAGUUCCGACUUGAGUGGUAUAAGUCUUAUAACACAAUUGCUGUGUAAACAUGGAGGGAUGGAGCACCAAGAGUGGAGAGAGAAACUUUUGAGUAGACACGAAAAUCUGAAGGCUGGACAAGUGUGCGAAAUGAGGAUGCAUACAGAAUUACCGUUCGUGUAUUCAUUCAGUGCCAUUAUGUCUCAAUAUCUCGCCGAAAGUGAAGUGGAGUGGAAGAAGCAGAUGACGGAGAUCUAUGUUAAUAUUGUCAGAAAGGCAGAUGAAAUGAGAACCAGAGCCGUUGUCAUGCCUUUGCUUGGAAGCGGCAGAGCAGGUGCUCCAGUUGAGUUGGCGAUAGACGUUUUACUUAAUUCGAUGUCGGCAGAACCCAGAGAUUACUUCGAGGAAGUUCACCUGGCUGUUGUGGAGAAAAAGAUUUAUGACAAGGUUGUGAAGGAAUGUCAGAAUCUGAACUCUAAACCAGCACCUGAGCCGAAGGAGGCCUGGGUUUCCAGUAGCAGAGUAUCUGACUGGGUAGCAGAUCCCCGACGACCUCAGCAAGUCGACAGCGAUCAUUUGAUACCUGUUAGAGUCGAAAACCCUAAAAAAGAAACUGGAUUUGAUGAUAUUAUAAGACACAAAGAAGCAGUUGUUUUUGAUGGUAAUGAUGUAUGUGAUGGUGAUGACAGUGAUCAGUCUAGUGCCCCAACAGGUCAAGAAACCAGAUCUGAUGAGAUCUCAAGACCCAGAAAAGCAGUUGUUGAUGAUGAUGAUGAUGAUGAUGAUGAUGAUAGUGAUCAAGUGUUGUAUAGAGGUGAUCAAAGGUUUACGCCAUCAGACAUUACUUCAAGAAGAAACAGAUCGGAAUUGAGUCAUUUUAGCUCAAGGAAAAGUAAAAGAUUCUUAGACGAUGGUGAUGUCGUGAGACGAAGAAGACAGGAAGAGGUACUAAGCAGUCAACAAAGUAGUCUCAGAAGAUCCAUGUCCGUGAGAGAGCUACAUGGACAGCGUUGGAAUAGAAACCGUUUUGAUGAACUGCACAUGCAUGGGCAGAACAUUAAACAUAAUCCAUUGCCAACGAAGGAACAAACGUCCAGAAAGACUGCUUUUGCUGCUAGAAUGAAUGACUUAAGCACCAUGAAAAAACCAGUACCUGAACUGAAUACAAUUGGACGUGACAGUAGUAGCCAUAGACUAUUUCAAAUGAAGAAAGAGAUGCCCACAGGAUCACCUGCUACCAAGAGUCCUGAAGUACAAAACAGUGAAAGCUUCUUGAGAAGACACUUAUAUAGAGACCAAUAUUCAAAGUUCAAACAUGAGCAACGAGCAUCUGAACUGGACACAAGUGGACGUGGCAGUGACCGAAGUUCAACCCAAAUGAAGAAACAGCAAGUCUCCACAGGAUCACCUCCUGUUAGUAGGUAUCACGCCACAAGCGAUAUUUGUGUGAUCUGCAUAGACAUCGCCAGUAAACCCAAAAUACUUGAUAAAUGUGGACACGUGUUUUGUUGUGGUUGCAUUGACAAGUGUUUCCAAGUCUUCAAGCCGGUGUGUCCCAUAUGCAACACCAUAUAUGGAGUGAUUAUUGGGAAUCAACCACAAGGUAACAUGACGGUCAAACGUGAACGGAACCACAGUCUUCCUGGACAUCCAGAUUGUGGAACUAUCAGCAUCACCUAUCACUUUAAGGAUGGAACUCAAGGGUCGGAACAUCCGAAUCCAGGCAGCCGGUAUCAUGGAACCACGCGUACAGCUUAUCUUCCAGACUCGCCCGAGGGAAACAAAGUUCUCUGUCUGCUGCAGAUAGCGUUUGAACGUAGGGUGACCUUUGCGAUCGGCAUGUCAUUAACAACCGGAAAAGAAGACGUCAUAACGUGGAAUGACAUUCAUCACAAAACUCGUCGCGAUGGUAACGCAAAGGGAUUCGGAUAUCCUGAUCCAACUUACUUGUCCCGCGUCGUUGAAGAGUUGAAAUGUAAAGGAAUUACAGAAGAUGAUAUGUAAAUGUUAUAUAUAUAUAUAUAUAUAUAUAUAGGCUUGCAGUAGAGGACAGUAGUAGUAUUAAUUGUGUUGGCACUGAACGGUGAAAUUGCCUACAUGUAUGUGUGAAAAUCAAUAUGCACUACCUUAAUUUAUAAUACAACAUAUUGUCUAAACUGUGCAUAUGAAAAAAGGAAUAUGAGAUAAUUAAUACUUGAAGGUUUACACUAACGCGCGCACGCACGCACACACACAUAGGGGUAUUAAAAGAGAAACAGAGGGAAAGAGACAUACAGAGAGAGAGAGAGAGAGAGAGAGAGAGAGAGAGAGAGAGAGGGAGGAGGAGGACUAAAGAGAGCUAGGCAGACUAAUAGACGGAAGGGAAAGAAGAGAGAGUUAAAUUUUGUUUUGUUUAACCACGCCACUAGAGCACAUUGAUUUAUUACAUUUGGUAAUUUUGACAUCUAGUCUUAAAAGUGGAAACCUACCACUUUUUAUUAGUAGCAAGGGAUCUUUUAUAUGCACCAUCCCACAGACAGGAUAGCACAUACCACAGCAGUUCAUAUGCCUGGCGUGAUGCACUGACUGGAAAGAGAAAUAGCCCAAUGGGCUGACCAACAGAAAUCGAUACUACACUGACCAUACAUCAAGCGAAAGCUUUAACACUGGGGAGAAGAUUGAGAAUCUCCCUCCUAUAGUUUUUACAAGGAAUUGUUUCAAAUUUGACAAACCAGCCACGGUGGCGUCGUGGUUAGGCCAUCGGUCUACAGGCUGGCAGGUAAUGGGUUCGGAUCCCGGUUGAGGCAUGGGAUUUUUAAUCUACAUACAGACUCCAAACCCUGAGUGAGUGCUCCGCAAG